AUGAGAGCACAGUUCAUGGUAUUUGGUUCAUCAAGAGUGUUGGCAGUAUAUAUCAAUCAAAAUUAUAAAGCUUGCCUCAGCAAACCUAUGAAUUCCGCUCAACAAGAUGAAGAUAUUUUGUCAGAAAAAGCAUCAGUCACGGGCGUAGCAGAAGACUUCAAAUUCAUAUUUAAGGGACCAAUCAUACCUAGUAGCUUCAAUGCCUCAACUAUGGUAAUCGCAAGCAAGAUUGCAACCCCAAAAUCAAAAGGAAAAUUGGAAUUGAACAAUACAGACCCUAGGAAAAACCCUUGA